UGUCAACUUUAGCGUCAACUCAUCUUUUUGGGUGAACCUGUCUGAACCUUAACCCUUUCUUCACAAGAAAACUCUUCUUUAUUUUCUUCUUCCUCUUCCUCGUUUCCAUAAUUAAUCACCCUAUAUUUCCAUUUUUACGAACUUCUAUCUAUUCUGUAUUUGGAACCAAACAAAACCCCAUACUUACAUUCACCACCGCUUUGAUUUCCUUCAUUGGUUAUGGGACCAGGAGUCCCCUUAUCUGGCCCUGCAAAACAGGCUGAGAUUCUCAGGAAAGAUGGGAACCACUAUUUUCAAAAGGGUCGAAUUGGAGCUGCCAUUGAAGCUUAUACCGAGGCGAUUACACUAUGCCCCAAUGUUCCUGUGUACUUGACGAACCGUGCUUUGUGUCAUCGCAAGCGGAAUGAUUGGAAUAAGGUGGAGGAGGAUUGUCGGAGAGCUAUUCAGCUCGAUAGCAGUUCUGUAAAGGCACAUUACAUGUUAGGAUUAGCGUUAUUACAAAAUAAAGAAUAUCCAGAAGGAAUCAAACAUUUGGAGAAGGCUUUGGAUCUUGGUAGGGGUGAAAAUCCAAAGAGUUAUAUCGUAGAGGAGAUAUGGCAGGAACUUGCUAAAGCAAAAUACAGGGAGUGGGAACAAGCAUCCACCGAGCGUUCAUGGGAAUUGCAGACAUUGAAAGAAGCUUGUGAGGCUGCGCUUGAACAAAAAUAUUUUCUUGACCAAUCUGAACUAGAAGGGUUCGUAGAUGAAGCUGAUAUUGCUCAUCGGAAACAAUUAAAAUCGCUAAGAAGUGUGUUUGAAAAAGUUACGGAGGCAGAUUCGCCAUCAGAGGUACCUGAUUAUCUUUGUUGUAAAAUCACACUCGAUAUUCUUCGCGAUCCUGUUAUUACCCCGAGCGGGGUUACUUACGAGAGAGCAGUGAUUCUCGACCAUUUUAAUAAGGUUGGUAACUUUGAUCCCAUAACGCGGGAGCUGCUCAACGAAUCCCAGCUUAUACCGAACUUAGCCAUCAAGGAAGCAGUACAAUCCUUUCUAGAUAAGCACGGAUGGGCUUAUAAUAUGGACUAAGGUAAUUUGUGCUUUGAAUGGGAACUCAAUCAAGUUGAUGGUUAUGCCUGUCAUGGACGAGUGGAAAUACUUCGAUUCCAUGUCACUAAUGUCAUGAUUAUCUCCUCAAUUCGUCUGUAUGGAUUGUCAAACGAUUUGUCAUAAGAUAUCGUGCUUUCCAUGACAUUGUAAGGCUGUACAAUCAAUUAAGUAUGUGAGGUCCUGUCUUUUUGAAUUGCUCUUGUGCAGAUUGUUACUGUGAACUGAUUGAUCUUGGUGUACAGUUAUUACUUAAAAACCAUUAUAGCUCAGUUGUUGGAAGGCUCUGUUCAGCUCGCA